AUGUCCUUGAAAUGUUUUCUUUAUACUCUUCAGGAGAAUAAGAAGUCAAUAGAUAGCCAUUUCCAUAAUGAUAACCUUAUAGGUCUUGUGGAUAACCUAUUUGUUGCUGGCAUGGAUACAACUUCAAACACUUUGUGCUGGGCCAUACUCCUAAUGAUGAAGUAUCCAGAAGUUCAGAAGAAAGUCCAAGAAGAAAUUGCCAAAGAGAUUGGGGUUCGUCAGCCAAGAACAGAAGACCGAGUCAAAUUGUCUUAUACCAAUGCUGUAAUUCAUGAAAUUCAAAGGUUUGCUGAUAUUGUUCCAACCAAUUUGCCCCAUGCAACCACCAAGGAUAUAACUUUCAAAGGUUUCUUCAUUCCCAAGGGAAUGCAUAUUGUUCCAUUGCUCUCAUCGGUGCUCCAUGAUGAAUCCCAGUGGGAAAAACCUCAUGAAUUCUAUCCUGAGCAUUUUCUUGACUCAGAAGGAAAAUUUGUGAAGAAAGAUGCAUUCAUGCCAUUUUCUGCAGGUCAGAGAGUAUGUGCUGGUGAGACCCUUGCCAAAAUGGAGCUCUUCCUCUUCUUUACCAACCUCCUCCAGAGAUUUACCUUCCAGCCACCUUCAGGAACAUCUAAAGAUGAUCUGGACAUAACUCCUGCUCUUGGACUUAUCACCCCUCCCAUGCCUUACAAGACCUGUGCUGUGUUAUCUUGAUCUGACAGAAGAAGAAAAAAACUCAUAAUAAGCUGUUUCUCACCUUUUAAAUGCCUUUAUUUUG